CAAACGCAAAAACGGGAAGGUAUAAAUAUGAAAUCUGCCAAGUCUGAUAAAGAAAAAAAGAAAGAUUCGAUCUGUGAAAAUAUAUCUGCAGAAAAAAAUGUAUUUGGUGCAGAUCUAUCAGGCACAAAAACAAAACAUUUAAUCACUGCCAUCGAAAAAGAAAGAAGAUUUUAUGUUGGAGGUCACAAUGGUAAACAGAUAUUGGAAAAUGCUUUAACAAAACUCGGGAUGAAGUUAACUGAUGAUAGUAAUAAUUUUUUCAUUAAAUGGGUUGAAUGCAAAAAAUCUAUAAACUACGAUAAAUUCAAAGAAGGGUAUCAAAUUGUUAAUCAUAUCCAAAAUGCAUCUUGUUUAACAACAAAAAUUGGAUUGUUAAAAACAUUAAGAGAUUAUGAAAAAAAUCAAAAGUUACUUAAGAAAAAAUUUUCAGUAAAUAACUUUUAUAUGGAAACUUAUUUAGUUGAUUCUUCGCAUGAGAGUCAGAUGUUUUUUCAAACAUUUAAAAAAGGUGAGUUAUGGAUAUGCAAACCUUCAUCCAGAAAUCAAGGAAAAGGAAUCUUUUUAGUGGAUGACUUAAGUCAGUUUAAGAAAAAAAUCAUUGAUGAAAAACUUUCAUCAGUAUUUUCUAAACCAUGUUGGAUUAUUCAGAGAUACCUCAUGAACCCUCUUUUAAUUCAUGGCUGUAAAUUUGAUGUUCGUGUGUACAUGCUUAUUGCUAGUGUUCAACCUUGUCUUGCAUUUUACCACACAGGAUAUGCACGUGUUACUUGUGUACCUUACACUAAUGAAAAUUUAGAUCUUAAUGUACAUUUGACAAAUCAGUAUGUUCAAAAAAAGAAUCUUUUGUAUAAAGAAAUGAAGGAGCAGACUGUUCUAAGCUUUGAUCAGCUCAAUAAAUACAUCAAUGAAAAUGUAAAAGAAAGCAAACAAUUGCCAAAUGACUGGGUACUAAAUGGUUUUCAAGAUUCAAUGAAAGUUAUAAUGGUUGACUGUUUAAAAGCUUCACUUGAUAAAUUAGAUAAAAAGAAAGGUUGUUUUGAUUUAUUGGGCUUUGAUUUUAUUAUAGAUGAAAACAUGAAGGUGUGGUUAAUUGAAAUCAAUACAAAUCCUGCACUGCAUACAAAUUGUUCUGUUUUAAACAAUCUCUUGCCACCAAUGAUAGACGAAGUGCUGAGUAUUGAAAUUGAAUUGUUUGACACCAACUUAGUCGGUGAGCUAAAGAGUUUGUUAAACUUUCAACCAAUUUUUAAUUCUUCUACUAGAUAUCAGUUCCAAACUAAAUAAAGUGCGAACUUUUUAAUGCUUAACUGGGUGAUUCAUAUUUCAAACGUUGCAGACGGUAGUUGUAUUUGAGGCUUUUUAAUUUAUUUCUAAAUUAGUAA